UGCAGCGGCGCGACGAGAUUUUGACCGAAGCUUGACUAGCGAUGUAGCGUCGUACGCCAUAUUCACGACGCUUGUUGAGUCAGUCACAGUCAACAGGCACCUGCAGAGGCAGUGGACGGUUUCGGAUGUUGCAGUCUUCCUCCCGCCGAUUGUUUUUAUCAUCCGUGCGCCGUUUCGCAGCGAUCACGCUUUUUUAUUGAUACGGAUCAUCGCACUGCACUCCGAAUGUACCGAGUCUGAUCUACGUUUCGUUGGAGAGAGGGUCCUAUGUUGGAGAUUAAACGCAACAGCCGGAACAUCGCAGCGAGAAGCUAAAUAUUAUUCAGACUUUCCGGUUACGAAGUUGGGUGUGUCACAAUGCGUGCCGUUGCUUUAGCUGUGAUCUGCGCGUUCCUGCAAACAGUUGUGACGCUACGUACCCCGACAAUAUCUUACAUAACACAGGAACAGGUUAAGGAUAUCGGCGAGAUUGUGGAGCUGCAAUGUUCGGUUCAAUACGCGGAAGACUAUCCUGUUCUCUGGAUCAAAAUGAACAAGCAAAGCGGCCAUGAUCAGGUGGCACUUUCCACGGGCACCGCAUUGAUAAUCAAAGAUAGCAGAUUUUCCCUCAAACAUGAUCCAUCGUCUUCUACCUAUACUCUGCAAAUAAAAGAUAUCCAAGAAACGGAUGCUGGAUAUUACCAGUGUAGAAUUCAAUUGUCUCUAAAUAAUAUGGAAAGCACAGAUGUAGAAUUAAAGGUGCGUAGACCACCGAUAAUCAGCGACAACUCUACCCAGUCUCUAGUGGUUAGCGAAGGACAAGCCGUUCGAUUGGAAUGUUACGCCGCCGGAUAUCCAGAUCCAAAGAUAUCCUGGCGCAGGGAGAACAAUGCCAUUUUGCCCACUGGGGGAUCGAUUUAUCGCGGCAAUAUACUGAAAAUAUCUGCCAUACGAAAGGAGGAUCGUGGAACGUACUAUUGCGUAGCUGAGAACAACGUCGGACACGGCACCAGGCGUAAUAUAAACGUGGAGGUUGAAUUCGCACCUGUGAUCACAGCUCCUAGACCACGACUCGGGCAAGCACUGCAAUACGACAUGGACCUUGAAUGUCACGUUGAAGCUUAUCCACCUCCAGCUAUUAUUUGGCUCAAGAGUGGGGUCCAGUUGUCGAACAAUCAGCACUACAGCAUAUCUCACUUCGCGACAGCGGACGAAUACACUGACACGACGAUUCGCGUCAUCACUAUAGAGAAGCGGCAAUAUGGAGAAUACGUGUGUCGGGCGGCCAAUAAGUUGGGCACUACUGAGACAACAGUUGAGCUUUUUGAAACUAUUAUCCCUGUUUGCCCGCCAGCUUGUGGUCAAGCUCAUUAUGGAACUGGUGUAGUUCCAGCUUCUUCAGGACUUUUGGUAGCUCUAGUUUUUACAAUUACAGUAAUGAUGAGAAAUUUCCACGCCAAAUAUUAACUACCCAGGUCUGCAGUGGGCAGCUGCAAAUCGAUGUAUACUCAUAAAAUGGUUCUUCACAGCCAGCAGUGUUUUUGUUAUCGUUCUCACAAUGCUGUAAUACCAAAAAUUAGUUUUUGAAGGUC